AUGGACGCCGCAACAAUUUACCAGACGGUCAACACCAGGUACUCCAAGGUCGCCUCGCAGGUGGAUGAGAGCGACGCCCAGGACUCCAAAAGUACCCAAAUCGCAGCAUCGUUUGGAUAUUCGGCAGAGGAUCUGGCAUCUCUCCCCACCGGGACGAACCUUGGUCUGUCAUGCGGAAACCCCCUGGCGACGGCAAACCUCCAGCCCUCUGAAAAUAUGGUUGACCUCGGAUCCGGAGGCGGGCUCGACUGUCUCAUCGCCGCGAGGCAAAUACUGAAAGGAAACCCCACCCCGAGCGGAAAGAUAUACGGGAUUGAUAGAAGCGAGGCCAUGAUUGCGUUGGCGAGGAAGAACGCUGCCAAAGCCAACUUGCCCGAGGGUCUCGUGGAGUUCAUCCUGGCACCAAUCACGGAAAUUCCCCUUCAGGAUUCUACGGUCGAUCUGGUGGUCAGUAACUGCGUCAUCAACCUGGUUCCGGACGAGGAUAAGCCUGCCGUCUUCAAAGAAAUCCACCGGCUCUUGAAGCCUGGUGGCAGAGUUGCAAUCAGUGACCUUCUCGCAAAGAAACCCAUGCCAAACCAGAUCCGUCGCGACGCGGCGCUGCUGGUUGGCUGCGUGGCGGGCGCCAGCCUGGUGGACGAAUACCGGCGUUGGAUGGAGGAAGCCGGGUUUCGAAAGGAUAGCAUUGCCUUCAUCAACACCGAGAAAGACUUGAACGUCUACCAGGACGCGGAUGGCACGGCGUCUUGCUGCAUGGAGGAGACGGGGUCGAAGAGCUGUUGUGACAAGAACACAGACAGCGCCUGCUGCGUGGAGAAGAAUGGUAGCAAGCCAUGUUGCACCAAGAACGCGGAGCCCGCUCGGAAGCUGGACUUCAAUGAAUGGGUGGCUUCAUAUCAGAUCUAUGCCAUCAAAUGA